UGACGGGGAAACGGCGAGACGGCGAGACGGCGGCCGGCUGCUGCUGCUGCGACGUGGCUACGGGACGCUGAGGUGCAGCCAGCGCGGCGGGCGGUUGGAACGCUGAGCCGGCCAGCGCGGCGGGAUUGAGCUGCUCGAGCUGAAGCGCAGCGGGCGGUUGGGACGCUGAGCCGGCCAGCGCGGCGGGCGGUUGGAACGCUGAGGUGCAGCCAGCGCGGCGGGAUUGAGGCUCGAGCUGAAGCGCGGCGGGCGGUUGGAACGCUGAGCCGGCCAGCGCGCGACAGAACAGGACGCCGCUCACUUCACAGUUUAUUGCUCACCCUCCCUUUUUCUCGGAGUUAUGUCAGCCACAGACUCACCGGCGCCCGGCGCUCCCCCAGCCGGCUCGCAGAUGUUCACCGCGCCGCCCCGUUCCAGGAUCUAUAAGAUCAUCGUCAUUGGCGACUCGGGCGUAGGCAAGACCUGCCUGACUUACCGCUUCUGCGCCGGCAGGUUCCCCGACAAGACUGAAGCCACCAUCGGGGUGGAUUUCCGAGAAAAGACGGUGGAGAUAGACGGAGAAAAAAUAAAGAUUCAGCUUUGGGACACAGCUGGCCAGGAACGUUUUCGGAAAAGCAUGGUGCAGCACUACUACAGGAACGUCCAUGCUGUUGUCUUUGUGUACGACGUGACCAACCCUGUUAGCUUCCAGAGCCUUCCAGCCUGGAUUGAAGAAUGCAAACAGCACUCGCUAGGUGGGGAAAUUCCACGCAUCCUUGUGGGAAAUAAGUGUGACCUGAAAGACUCCACCAAAAUUAAAACUGACCUUGCUCAAAAAUUUGCUGAUACUCAAAACAUGCCGCUAUUUGAGACAUCGGCUAAGAACCCAAACGAUAACGAUCACGUAGAAGCCAUUUUCAUGACUUUGGCUCAUAAACUAAAGAACCACAAGCCCAUGAUGCUUAGCCAACUGCAGGUAGAUCAGUCCAAAGUUGAGCUGGAAUCUGAACCAAAGCCAGGUGUGGAGUGUUACUGUUAAAGAGAAAGGAUUUGUUUUCCAUUUGAAACAGAAUGAAAAGUGCUUUGCUGCUAAAUAUUGCUUUGAGUGUGGACAAGGCUGCAAUAAGUUCUCUGACUGAACCUGGCAGAUCUUGUUGCCAUCCAUCAAAGGAAAUGUGGUUGAACAAGAAUUGGGAUUCAUCCUGGCGAAUACUGACUGAAAAUUAAGUCAGUGGACAGUCCAGAAUUGAAAAGCGUCCAUUUUCUGGUAUUGGUUAUCAGUCAUUAAUUUUGUACCUCAACAUACAAGAGAAAUACCAAUAUCUUUUAUUCAGUUAAUGUCAUUUUAUACUUCCUUGUCCUUUUCAUAGCUUUUCCUUAAUCUUUUCUAUUCCAUCUUGAAAUUAAUCGUCUUGGUCUUGGAAACCCCUCAGAUGUUUAGUCGGUUAACAGCGAAUAUCUGACUGUCUGGGAGCAGGAGCAUGACCAGAGCAGCAAUGGGUUGUUAUUAUUAAUCUUGACUCUUCACUUUCAGUGGGGACCAAAUGUGCUUCCUGCAUACUUGGAAAUGUUAUGAUGCCUGUGUUAGUUGGGUUAAAUUUUUGGGCUUUCAUAGGAAAAUUGGUGAUUUGAUUAAAGUAACUUUCAUGCAAAAUUUAUAGAAUGUUGAUGGGAAAAGGAGGGAAGAUUGAAGAUUUUAUUUUUAAAUUAUUAGUGCACCAAUGUGGUAUUUGCAUUCAGUUUUGCCAAAUAACAUACAGAUAGGUGUUGCUGAAAUGUAACUUGCUCUUUUAUGAUUUGACUAAUAUGAAAAUAUACAUUUUAAAUGAUUUAAUUAAAUUUGACUAGUAAGGUCUAACUUAGACAAUUAAAGCCUUACAUGUUUUAAGAUUUUUGCUCAAGGUAAGAGGACAGGAAGAGGCAGUGUGCAUUUAUUCCUGGACAUAAAAGCUGGCUCUGACAAAGGGAAUGAUUGUGGGUACUUCUGAACAAACGUUUGCCAAAUCUUCCGUCUUAUUAAAAUGGGGAGAAACAUCAUGAGAGAAGACAUGUGUUGCGAGAAUAUCAGAAUCAUUCAUUCUGCCUCCUUUUGUUUGUAUCAAUGCAGCAAAAAGAUAUUUACUGACUGCACUCUGAACUAUCAAGCAAUUUAUUCAUCAUUGACUAAAAAUGCAUGUAUUAAUAGUAACCACUGAUGAAAGAUGAAGGGCUGAGUUUUAAUGUGUAAUCUAUCCAGAAUUGCCAGAUGAUGGUUGGAUUUCUAAUAAUUCACCAUUGUAAUGAGCGAGCUGAAAAUAAAUCAUUAAUUGUCAUACUUAAUCCAUUAUCAAGAAUAGCUUCAUUAGUUUAUUAAAUUCACACUAAAACAAUCAAUUUUAAAUAUUAAAAAAAAUUACAAACGUCAUUCUGUUUGUUCCAAUCUUUUAGAUUUGCAUUAUCUGACUCUUUUAUUAUCAAGUCUUUGUUGAUGUCUGUAUUGACUUCUAAAGUGCACACGCAGUUAAUUUAUAAAACCUACUCCCCUUUCCACUUAAACUCUUGGUCUUCUGCCUGUCAGCUAAAGUAGUUAUUUUUGUAAAUGAUUCUGAAUCUUUACAAUGUUACUGCCUUUCAAAGCGUGUUACUUUAAAAGGAUUAAAAGGAUUAUAAUUGAAUGCACGGAGUAUAAGAAAUAAAGUGGAUGAGCUUGAGGCUCAGUUGGAAAUUGGCAAGUAUGAUGUUGUGGGAAUAACAGAGAUAUGGCUGCAAGAGGACCAGGGCUGGGAAAUGAAUAUUCAGGGAUAUACAUCCUAUUGAAGGGACAGACAGGUUGGCAGAGGCGGUGGGGUGGCUCCGUUGGUGGGGAAUGAAAUUCAGUCACUUGCGAGGGGGGACUUAGAAUCAGGAGAUGUACAGUCAGUGUGGAUAGAACUGUGAAACUGUAAGGGCAAAAAGACCCUGAUGGGAGUUAUCUACAGGCCCCCAAACAGUAGCCUGGAUAUAGGGUGCAAGUUAAAUCAAGAGUUAAAUUUGGCUUGUCGCAAAGGUAAUUCUACGGUUGUUCUGGGGGAUUUCAACAUGCAGGUAGGCUGGGAAAAUCAGGUUGGUACUGGACCCCAAGAAAGGGAGUUUGUGGAAUGCCUCAGAGAUGGAUUCUUAGAGCAGCUUGUAUUAGAGCCUACAAGGGAGAAGGCAAUUCUGGAUUUAGUGUUGUGUAAUGAGCCAGAUUUGAUAAGGGAACAAGAGGUAAAGGAGCCAUUAGGAGGUAGUGACCAUAAUAUGAUAAGUUUUAAUCUACAUUUUGAGAGGGAGAAGGGAAGAUCGGAAGUGUCAGUAUUACAGUUGAACAAAGCGGACUAUGGAUCCAUGAGGGAGGAGCUGGUCAAAUUGACUGGAAAGAUACCCUAGCAGGGAUGACAGUGGAACCACAAUGGCAGGUAUUUCUGGGAAUAAUACGGAAGGUGCAGGAUCAGUUCAUUCCAAAGAGGAAGAAAGAUUCUAAGGGAAGUAAGGGGCAGCCGUGGAUGACAAGGGAAGUCAAGGACAGUAUAAAAAUAAAGAAGAGGAAGUAUAACAUAACAAGGAUGAGUGGGAAGCCAGAGGAUUGGGAGACUUAAGGAGCAACAGAAGAUAACUAAAAAGGCAAUACGGGGGGAAAAGAUGAGCUACAAAGGUAAGCUAACCAAGAAUAUAAAGGAGGAUAGUAAAAGCUUCUUGGGUAUGUGAAGAGGAAAAAAUUAGUUAAGACCAAAGUUGGGCCCUUGAAGACAGAAACAGGUGAAAUUAUUAUGGGGAACAAGGAAAUGGCAGAUGAGCUGAACAGGUACUUUGGAUCUUUCUUCACUAGGGAAGACGCAAACAAUCUCCCAGAUGUAAUAGUGGCCAGAGGACCUAGGAUUACAGAGGAACUGAAGGAAAUUCGCAUCAGGGAGAAAAUGGUGUUGGGUAAACUGAUGGGACUGAAGGCUAAUAAAUCCCCAGGGCCUGAUGGUCUGCAUCCCAGGGUACCUAAGGAGAUGGCUCUAGAAAUUGUGGAGGCAUUGGUAAUCAUUUUCCAAUGUUCUAUAGAUUCAGGAUCAGUUCCUGCGGAUUGGAGGGUGGCUAAUGUUAUCCCAUUUUUAAGAAAGGAGGGGGAGAGAAAACAGGCAAUUAUAGAUCAGUUAGUCUGACAUCAGUGGUGGGGAAGAUGCUGGAAUCAAUUAUAAAAGAUGAAAUAGCAGCAUAUUUGGAUAGCAGUGGCAGGAUAGGUCCGAGUCAGCAUGGAUUUACGAAGGGGAAAUCAUGCUUGACUAAUCUUCUGGAAUUUUUUGAGAAUGUAACUAUGAAAAUAGACAUGGGUAAGCCAGUGGAUGUAGUGUACCUGGACUUUCAGAAAGCCUUUGAUAAGGUCCCACAUAGGAGGUUAGUGUGCAAAAUUAGAGCAAAUGGUAUUGGGGGUAGGGUACUGACAUGGAUAGAAAAUUGCUUGGCAGACAGGAAACAAAGAGUAGGGAUUAAUGGGUCCUUUUCAGAAUGGCAGGCAGUGUCUAGUGGGGUACCACAAGGCUCGGUGCUGGGACCGCAGCUAUUUACAAUAUACAUUAACGAUUUAGAUGAAGGGAUUAAAAGUAACAUUAGCAAAUUUGCGGAUGACACAAAGCUGGGUGGCAGUGUGAAAUGUGAGGAGAAUGUUAUGAGAAUGCAAGGUGACUUGGACAGGUUGGGUGAGUGGGCAGAUGCAGUUUAAUGUGGAUAAAUGUGAGGUUAUUCACUUUGGUGGCAAGAACAUGAAGGCAGAUUACUAUCUGAAUGGUGUCAAGUUAGGAAAACGGGAAAUACAGCGAGAUCUAGGUGUCCUUGUUCAUCAGUCACUGAAAGUAAGCAUGCAGGUACAGCAGGCAGUGAAGAAAGCUAAUGGCAGGUUGGCCUUCAUAACAAGGGGAGUUGAGUAUAGGAGCAAAGAGGUCCUUCUGCAGUUGUACAGGGCCCUGGUGAGACCACACCUGGAGUAUUGUGUACAGUCUUGGUCUCCAAAUUUGAGGAAGGACAUUCUAGCUAUUGAGGGAGUGCAGCGUAGGUUCACGAGGUUAAUUCCCGGGAUGGCGGGACUGUCAUAUGUUGAAAGGUUGGAGUGACUGGGGUUGUAUACAUUGGAAUUUGGAAGGAUGAGAAGGGAUCUGAUUGAAACAUAUAAGAUUAUUAAAGGAUUGGACACGCUAGAGGCAGGAAACAUGUUCCUGAUGUUGGGGUAGUCCAGAACCAGAGGCCGCAGUUUAAGAAUAAGGGGUAGGCAAUUUAGAACAGAGUUGAGGAAAAACUUUUUCACACAGAGGGUUGUGGUUCUGUGGAAUGCUCUGCCUCAGAAGGCAGUGGAGGUCAACUCUCUAGAUUCUUUCAAGAAAGAGUUAGAUAGAUGUCUUAAAGAUAGCAGAGUGAAGGGGUAUGGGGAGAAGGCAGGAAAAGGGUACUGAUUGUGGAUGAUCAGCCAUGAUCACAGUGAAUGGUGGUGCUGGCUCGAAGGGCUGAAUAGCCUACUCCUGCACCUAUUGUCUAUUGUGUCUUUUCCAGUUACUGGUUUCUGGCUCAUCAUGCUAUCCUAUCAGAGGCCCAUGAAUGUGUCUCCAAUCUGAAAAGGAAAUUAAUAAAUGCUAAUAGGAAGUAAUGUAUUUGAAUACAGGGAUAGAGAGGGGUAAUAGGACUAAUUGGAUCAUUUUAGUGCUGUAAUUGACAUGAAUAACCUGUUAUAAUCUCCCUCUCAACUCUAUUUACAUUAAUUAAUCUUCUCCCACCUCCACUUCAGACCGCAGAACACAACCAGAGUCAGAAGUAACACUUUUUGUAUCUAUCAUGUUAUUGAUGUGUGUCUGCAGGCUUUACGCUGAUCAUUUUCCAGCAGCACCAUGUCCAUUGUUCAGCAGGGUGUAUUGCCCUUAUUUGGUUCACUCUUAUUUCAUUGUGCACUGCCUAUAUACUUGGUUGUCAGUGGAAACUUGUUUCAAGCUAUUCUUGGUUAUAUGGCACAUCAUCCAAGCACUUGAUAUCGGCACUGAACCAAUCUAUUUCAGAGUAAGUAUUCUCCUGACCAAAGAACAUUUCAGUACGUGUAUAAUUCUGAUAGCUUCCCGUUUCAUCGCAAAAUUUAGCGCUAAACAAAAAUGCUAUUCUCGGUAAUCCCAGCGCAAAUCCUUCCAGGCCCCUCCACUUGGAAACUCUGGAUUCAUAUCCAGAGUGUCUAGUAAUUUAUAUUAAAAAAAAACACUGCUGAAUCCAAGAGGCUUUUGGACUAACCUCCGAUCUGAAGUUCUUUGUCAAGGGUGGAAAGGUAACGAAAGCUGUGCGUGGUGGGAGGAUGCUGCCACUAGAACAGUGUUGCUCAAUGCUGCAUCCAGAUUUCAAAAUGCAACUAAAAUUCCAAUGAAGGACAGGAUGAAUCAAGAAAAAAACUAAAGUCCAGCUGAAAAAGGGAAGCCUGUGUUACGUACCCCGUAACUGGGUUGCCAAACCAGCAGAAAUGGAACACUCAUUGGAGUCUGGAUUACUAGGAACUAAUAAAGUUUUAUUAAAGAAAUAAGUAAUACAGUAUGCUAAUCGUAAGGAUAUAAAUGUAACAGGUUACCAAGAUAAUAUACACAGAAAUAGGGUAAUAGGAAUCAACCAAGCUCUAUCGCAGUCCAGGGGUAAAAUGAUCAGUCUUAAGGUGAAGUAGAGUUCAGUUCAGUCUAGUGUAGUUUGAAGUAAUCGCCGUUGUUGUACUGUUGGAGAGAGAGUGGGAGAGAGAGUGAGAGAUACAGUUGGUUUCAGGCAAACCUUUUCGAUGCCUUCUGAUCCAGCUGUGGUCACCAACUGUGACCCCUCCAUUCCGGAUGCGAUCGUUCUUCCGUGGUGAACCCGGCACCCAGGCAUGGGCGGACACACACCAGGUUCCCACCGAUCAUACCUUUACACCCUGUGAGCCUCUGACCAAUUCCCACGAACCGGUCCUCCAAACUCCCACCAACUUGUGGGGCACACUGCUCUUUCCAGGGUCUCGUGGCGUGUGUGUGUCGUGCCUUAGCAAACCUGUUAUUUUUAUCCCCCUGAUGGGGUAUCACCUGUCCAUCAAACUUCAGACAGUUCAGGUUCAAAGCAAACGGUCUGUGGCAGACGCCAACAUCUGAAUUGUGUCUCUUUCUCAUUAAUCUCUCUCUUAUCAGCAUUUUGAAUGUUUCUCCAUUGUCUUUUGUUAUCUCUCAUUAGCAUCAUGCAUUCUGCAGCUCUGCUUGGCUUCACACAUGACACCUGAUCUAGUCUAAAGAUACUGCAAAUUUAUGAUUACUGGCAAAAUUACCCAUUACAUUUCAGAGCAUUACAAAGUUAAAAAUAUCUAUUCUCAACUUCUGGUGCCCCAAGAUGUAAAAAGGAUAGUGUUACCUGUGCAUGUUUUGGAGAAAUGGUGCAAUAGAGGGGGAAAGAGUGGAUUUAGACAUGGACCCCUUGGUCCCCUCCAUCCCUUUUUCCUAUGGUUCACUUUCCUAUCAGAUUCUUUCCUCUCCAGCCCUUUGUCUUUCCUACUUGCUGGGCUUUACCUAUCAUUUUCUAUCUAUCCUCUCUCCCCACCUUUUUAUUCUGUCUUCCCCUUACUUUUCAGUGCUGAAGAAGGGUCUCAACUAGAAAUGUCUACUGUUUAUUCAUUUCCAUAAAGGCUGCCUGGCCUGCUGAGCUCCUCCAGCAUUUUGUGUGUUGCUUUGGAUUUCCAGCAUGUGCAUAUUUUCUUGAGUUCACAAUAACCUCAACUGUAAGUUUUGAAACAUUUUGUGGAAUAAAUUCUUAAAAUAUAUAUGCAUUUUAAGAUCGGAAUUUAUUUGUUUUAAAAGUGCAAACACUUCAGCACUGCUCUUUGGUCAAAAUAGGUGUAACAAUUCUUUUACAUUGUUCAAGCUAAACAGUAACAUGGUAGCCACUGGAAAUCACAUCACCUAUCACAGUUAUAUUAAAAGAUUUAAAGAUGGCAAAUUACCUGGUUAUUCAAUUGAUUUUUUUCCCUCACAUUUGCCAUGAGUAAUAUACUCAGUGCUAAUGUCAACUCUCAGCAAUGACUGCCAUAAAAGUAAUGUGUACAAAAACUAUUCCAAGCUGAGGAAAAUCUUGGUAAACUUCUUAAGUUUUCCUCAGAUUCAAAUUCUUGUCAAUGAAGUCCAAUAAAAGGAAACAAUCUGCAUUUGUCUAGCAGGUAAGGCAACCACACGUGAUUAAAGUUGAUUU